UCACCUGUCAUGGCUUCUUCUUCUUCCUCACCUGGAAACUGGAGAUACAAUGUCUUCACUAGCUUCCAUGGACCAGACGUCCGUCAGACACUUCUCACCCAUUUACGCAAACAGUUCAGCAGCAAUGGGAUUACGAUGUUCGAUGAUCAAGGGAUGGAGAGAGGCCACACCAUUGACUCAUCUCUCAAAGAAGCCAUUGGAGAGUCGAGGAUCGCGAUCGUAUUGCUCACGAAUAACUAUGCAUCUUCUAGUUGGUGUUUGGAUGAACUCUUGGAAAUUUUGGAUUGCCAAAAGAAAAUUGGGCAAAUAGUGAUGACUGUCUUCUACGGAGUGGAUCCUUCUGAUGUCCGCAAACAAAACGGAGAAUUUGGGAGAGUAUUCGAUGAAACUUGUGCUCGUAAAUCAGAGGAGCAAAAAGAAAAAUGGAGCAAAGCUUUGAACUAUGUGGGAAACAUAGCUGGAGAACACUUCCAAAACUGGGACGAUGAAGCAAAAAAGAUAGAGAAGAUUGCAAGAGAUGUCUCACUUAAACUGAAUUUCACACCGUGUAAGGAUUUUGAUGGCAAGAUUGGACUAGACAAUCAUGUGAGGGAAAUGGAGUCUUUGCUUGAUUUAGAUAAUCUUGGAGUUAAGAUUGUUGGAAUCUCUGGUCCUGCAGGCAUUGGUAAGAGUACCAUUGCCAGAGCUUUAUAUAGUCGCCACUCUGGUAAGUUUCACAAUCGUUGUUAUGUGGACAAACUUUGGGAGAACUAUAAGAUUGGUCAUGAUGAGUAUCCUUUCAAGUUGCGUUUACAUGAGGAAUUUUUUUCAAAAGUUUUGAAACAAAAUGGUAUGGAAAUAAGUCAUUUAGGAUUGAUAAAAGAAAGGCUUCAAUAUCAAAAGGUUCUUAUCAUUCUUGAUGAUGUGGAGAGUGUAGCUCAAGUGGACGCUUUGGCUCAUGAUAUUUCGUGGUUUGGUCCGGGAAGUAGGGUCAUUGUGGUCACUGAAAACAAAAACAUUUUGAAGCAGCAUGGUAUUAAUGUUAUAUACAAAGUGGGGUUUCCAUCAGAAAGAGAAGCUCUAAUGAUCUUUUGUCUUUAUGCUUUUAAACGAACCUCUCCACCUGAUGGGUUUAUGGAUCUUGCGUCUGAAGUUGUAGAAAUUUGUGACAACCUUCCAUUGGCUCUCUGUGUUUUGGGGUCAUCAUUGCGGGCAAGUAGCCAUGGUGAGUGGAAUGAUGAACUGCGAAGGUUUAAAAGUUCUCUCGAUGGAAGAAUUGAGAGUGUAUUGAAAGUGGGCUAUGAAAGUUUACAUGAGGAAGAUGGACUUCUUUUUCGCUUCAUUGCAGUAUUCUUCAAUUAUAAACGUGUUGAUGAUGUGACAUCCACUUUCCGCAAUACUGACGUAUUGGAUGUUAGACUUGGGUUGAAAAACCUAGUUGAUAGAUGUCUCAUACAUAUAGAUUGUGGUACGGUGGUAAUGCACAAUUUGCUACAGGUAAUGGGUAAAAAAGUUAAUUCCAAUGAAGAACUUUCCAAACGGAAGAUUCUAGAAGAUCCCGAUGAUGUUUGUGAUGUUCUAAAAGAGGCAAACGGUACUGGAUCAGUGUUAGGUGUAUCACUGAACAUAGCAAAGGUCAACAGAUUAAAUAUAAGCGAGAAGGCUUUUAUAAGAAUGUACAAGCUUCAUAUCCUAAAAGUCAAAGGUUGGAAAUAUGGCGGAGACAGACAGUUGUACGUACCAGAGAAUAUGGAGUUUCCAUGUAGCUUAAGGUUACUAGAUUGGGAGUCAUAUCCGAGAAAAUCUUUUCAGUUUUACCCCAAGAAUCUCGUCAUACUGAAUAUGAAUAAUAGCAAGCUCGAGAGGCUAUGGGAAGAAACUCAGGAACUACCAAAUCUCAAAGAGAUGGAUUUGAGUUGGUCAUCUUGUUUGAUGGAACUCCCAGACCUUUCAAAAGCUAAGAAUCUGAAGACAUUAUAUGUGAAUGGGUGCAAAGCUUUGGUAGAGAUUCCAUCCUCAGUUGUGAAUCUUCCUAAGCUAUAUGACUUAUUGAUGUAUAAAUGCAAAAGUCUACAGGUCAUUCCAACUCUCAUCAAUUUGGAAUCUAUCAAAUAUUUCUAUAUUGAUAACUGCCCACGAUUGAGAAUUUUUCCAGAAAUGCCAACCAACAUCAUGAAUCUCAGUAUAAAGACGACAGGGGUAGAAGAGUUGCCUGUAUCAUUUAGGCAUUGCUCUCAUCUUACAAAAGUUGAAAUAUCAGAGAAUGAAAAUCUCAAGAACUUCUCAACACAUCUCCCCACUAGUGUAACAGAGCUAAACUUCAGGGAUAGUCAGAUUGAGAGGAUUGCAGACUGCAUCAAAGGUCUCCAUAACUUAAAAAUUCUUAAUAUAUCAGACUGCAAAAGACUUGAGUCUUUGCCAGAGCUCCCUCAUUCGCUCCGUGAGCUAUUUGCAAGUAAUUGUGAAUCACUGAAGAGAGUAAGCGUCCCUUUAACCAUCCCAGAAGCAGAUCUCUAUUUUGGUAGCUGCUUCAGAUUGGGUCGACAAGCAAAACGAGCGAUUAUCCAAAGAUUGUGUUUCAAGGGGUUUACUUUGUUACCCGAAAUAGAAGUACCUGAAGAGUUUGAUUACAGAGGCAGAGGAACUAAGGUAACAAUUCCUCGAUCUGAUUUCAACAGAUAUAAGGAUUCCAUUGGUAAUCGAGCUAGAGGAGAUUCCUCAACAGUUGGUCCUUCCGAUUUCAACAUAGUCCAGGUUUGCCUUGUGGUGCCAACACUCUGGUUAGAUCAAGACUGGAGUUGCAAAUUCUCUGGCAAUUCAGUAAAGUAUAUGUUCUUUAUAACGACUUUCUUACCAAAAGUUACCUUCAUAAACAGGAAACAUAUACUCAUAUUUGUCAUUAGCUUGCCAUUAAUGGAUCCCUCUGAAGUGAGCAAAGAGAUAGUGCUUGAAUUCAAGUGUAGAUCAAAUUAUUGUAAAGACGAUAAUAAACUUUUUGAAUGUGGUGUCAAGAUCUUGACGGACGAACCAGAGGGAAUCAGAUGUUGGGGAUCUGGAGAAGAAGACUGGCAAACACGUUUAUACGACGAAGAAUCAGACAAAGAAGACAAUCGGAAUCUGAAUUGCUUGACAUUAGAAGAUCAUGAAUACGAAUCUGUAUCAGUGAAUCAGGAAGACUUUCUUGGUACUGUGACGAAGACCUCUGCUUUCACCGCAUAUGAAGAAGUCCUCUACAUGACUCUUUUUCUGAAGUCAGCUUGUCUUCCUUUCCCAGAUCAGCACAAUCACUGUGAUCGCCCUGAAGGGUCGAGGAAAAGGAAAUAUACAGUUAGAGCAACUAAGCAUAUGUGA